AUCUUGAUCUCCCCCCCCCCCCUCUUCAUUGCCCGUCUCUCUCUCUCUCUCUCUCUCCACACCUUGAUCUUCAUUCCCCAUACACAUUUUUCCUGAUUCCCCCUCCUCUUGCAUCCCCGAAUCUUGUUCUUGGACCUUGGUGAUGAUCCUCUCAUCUUCACCCACACCACAUUAAUGGCCAUUUGGUAGGCAGCCAGCCCUCGUCAAUCCUUCCUCAUCCUCCUUAGCUCUUCCACCUCUCCCUUCCCUGCACCUUGAGCUUCAGCUCUCCUCCACAUUGACCUGCACCGUCUAUUGAUUCUUACCACAUCUUGAUCUGGGAGCUUCGUUUGCUGUGAUCUGAGAGGUUCGGAGUCUUUGGGCGUCAUGGGGACGGGGGUGGUGGCGGUGGCGGCGCCGGAGCGCGCCAAGCAGCGGCGGGGUGGGCACCUGUGGAAGAAGGCGCUGCUCCACUUCUCGCUCUGCUUCGUCAUGGGCUUCUUCACCGGCUUCGCGCCCUCCUCCUCCUCGUCCUGGAAGGCCGGCACCCAGCAGCUGCAGCACCGGGCGGGGGACCAGCUCGCCGCCUCCCGCGUCGCCGUCAACACGCGCAUCAACCUAGUGCCGUCGCCGGACACGGCUGCUGAGGUGGGAGCCGGCGGCGGUGGGGCGAUGGUGGACGUGGGCGACGACGACGAGGUCGCCGGUCCGCGGCGGCUGCUGAUAGUGGUCACGACGACGCGGUCGGGCGCCGGGGAGCGGCGGCGGCGGAGGGCCGAGCUGCUGCGGCUGGCGCAAACGCUGCGGCUAGUGCGCCCGCCGGUGGUGUGGGUGGUGGUGGAGCCGGCCGCGGACGCGCCCGCCACGGCGGAGGUGCUGCGGGGCACGGGGGUCAUGUACAGGCACCUCGCUUUCAAGCCAGAGGAGAACUUCACCACCGCGGCAGUCGAGGCACACGCGCAGCGGAACGCCGCGCUCGCGCACGUCGAGAAGCACCGCCUCGCCGGCGUCGUCCACUUCGCCGACGCCUCCGGAGUCUACGACACGAGCUUCUUCGACGAGAUCCGCCAGAUCGAGGCGUUUGGCACAUGGCCUGUGGCAACAAUGUUGGCAGGCGAGAAGAAAGUGAUAGUGGAGGGUCCACUGUGCAGCGCCUCAAAGGUUGUUGGUUGGUUCUCUAGGGACUUCAAUGAUGGGACUACCCGUGCAGUAACAUAUAACACGGAAGCUGACUUGAAUCCUGCUGGUGCUGCUGGAACACGAGCCCACACAAUCGAUGUAUCAGGGUUCGCAUUCAACAGUUCUAUUUUGUGGGAUCCUGAGCGGUGGGGACGACCAACGUCAUUACCGGAUACUUCACAGGAUUCCAUCAAGUUUGUGCAAGAAGUGGUAUUGGAAGACCGAACAAAGCUGAAGGGGAUUCCCUCCGAUUGCUCCCAAAUCAUGGUGUGGCAGUACAGUGUGCCCAGCUCCAUUCCUCUUCAAACUUCCACUCCAAAAACUCACAAUAGAAGGUAGAGAGAGAAAGGAGAAGAGGCAUUGCAGAAAGGGGAAAGUGGUGUGGAGUUGAUGUAAAUGUGGCGAUAACAAAAGGAAAGGAAGAAGGUUGCUUACUAAGUUUCUCCCCCUUUCUUUCUCUCAUUUUUGUUCUUUCUUUUUUCAAGUUUGGGGGCCAUGAAUUAUCCGCGGAAAAUCUCCCCCCAGGCAAUAGUAUUUAUUCAGAUUUAUUUGUAAUUCUUUAACUUGGUCAUCUUCUUGUUGUGAGGCGCUGUUGCCACGCGAAAAAUUCCCCUUGUGGAUUGCAAUAAUAUGAUGUGUAGAAACACGGGGGAAAUGGCAAUGACAUAUGAGGAAGAGUGUGUCUGGCAAAA